ACCUACUCUUCAAACGAUCGUUCAUUUGGCAGCUAAAUAAUAUAGUGGUCCGAUUCAUCCUGUUUCGAUAUACACUGUCUAUAAACGAGACACGGACCUAUGUAUAGCUUCAAGACGGUAACUUUAAAACUGAGCGACUAGUUCGCAUAGAAUCUGGUAUACGGACGGGCAGACAUACGGAUAAAUGUCAUCUUAGCUGUUGCUGCUGAUCUAGAAUAUUAGUUAUCACCGAGCCCUUGGCGAAUAUUUGGUUAAUUGAUUGAUGGCAGCCGGCUUGACUUGACAAAUAAUAAGGCGUUGGUUUUUUAGUAAAUUCUUCUUAUUUUUAUACCCUGAACUCAUUGAAAUUGGGUAAAAGGGGUAUAAUGUAUUUGUGUAUGUAUAAUUAUAACUUAAUUUGAACAAGGAUAUCCAGUGAAAGAAUUGGUAUUUAAGAGACACUGUAAGCAGGUAGUUGCUUGGAGUGAUGGAAGUUACGAAAAUGUUUACAAACUUACUUAAGUAUAUCAUCAAUCCUUGUAUCCUUGAUUUUGGCAUAAACACAUUCAAACUAAAUUUCGAUUUGCGCUGUUGUAUGGAGAGUAUGUAUGCUUCCCUUUAGCACAGCCCACCCUUGUCUAUCAGGCGAACUAGUUGCUGCGAACUAGAUGCUGUGUUGCGUAGCCCAAAUGGCCAAGACCAACAUGUCAUCCACUUCAUUAUCCACUACUUUCUGCAACGUUAGCGAUAAGGGCUAGGGUUGAGUCGGUUGAGUCCCUUUUACUAUAUCUGUUGAAUGUUUCUCUAGGUCCAACCCGCCAUAUUCAAAAGUCUAAAGGCUCCAGCUUGACUGCCUCCAACUCUGUCCUUUUCACACUAGAAAACUUUCAUGGAAAAACGUGAUGUUUUUAUUCUGCUCCAUAUGAAAUUGGGAGCUCGACCCGACCGAUAAUCGAUCUAUUGUAUCCUCCCGCGGCUCGGACCAUCGAAACGUAUGGUUGCACUAAUGCUGUCUCCUGUGUCUAAAAUACUACAUAUGAGAUACGUACCCAUAGGUACUUCGGCGAAUACACGUGAGUCUAUGUUCUCCACACAGCUUUGAUGAUCUGUCGCAUUAUCCUGCACCUGCGGAAACGCGCCCGAGCCUUGCCACGUCGGUGGUCAGCGUCGUCCCUUCCAGAUGUCGCUCACCAAAAAUUAUAUUUAGGGCCAACAUGUAUGCCCAAUCACGUUCUUCAUAUGAUAAGAUUUUUCCUUAGCAAUAUUCUUUUCCUUAUUGUAAGCCUUAAUUAGUCUUCUAUUGGCUUUGGCAGGUAUCCUCUACUACUCCUUCACGGUCACCGUCCACGAACGGGCCUGGCCCGCUAUCAUCACACUCCCUCUAGUGAUUCCCGGAAACCUUUCGUACUGUGGGCACACCUUCCGCACCUGUAAUAUAAAAUCGUCUGUUCUCUGGAAAGGCAAUCCCUGAAUGCAUGAUCGAACUAAAGUUCCAUCAGAUUAGCCGGGAUUGGAUUCUGCCCCCACUAGAUCUCUUGUCGAGUUUUUUGCACGAUGUGGUAGUAUGGCUUCGCUCCUUGCGGACAGCGCGACUUUUGUGCAUAUCCAUCUCGACCCCAGCGACCCAUAUACAUCUCAACCUCUAUGCACUCUUGGUGCAGCUUAAUCACGUUGCGUACAUCCAUCGCAUACGCGUUAUUCCUUCACGUUCCCAAUCUCUUAGCGGCUUCUGGAAUCGUGAGGUACGCCCAUUCCCGUACGUUGGCAUACGUUUUCUUCGACUGAAAGUCAUCCGCUCUCCGGUGCACUAUCCGGAAGUAACGGUUUUUGUUUUGGCACCUGUUCCUCGCCUGAGUAUCCGCGAUGAAGACUGGACUGCUGGAAAAAUACUCCGCUGCACGCGGGCUGUGCCUCUGAGGUUUUGGUGGAACCGGCGCAGAGUUGGGGUCUCUGGCGUGGUUCUGUGGCGGCGUAAGCACAUCGAUGAUCCUAGUGGGCCUGAGCCGUGUUUGCUGCCAGUCUGCGGAGUCUUUCCAUGCCUUUGGGAGCUCAAUGCUCCAGAGGCCUAUCUUGUAGUGCCACCUCCAUCUCCAGUUCAACCAGAUACCUCAGCCAUGAUUGAUUUCCCCAAAGGGCACCUAUUUAACUUGUACUAAGAACAAUAACUUCUACUACUAAUAGAAAAAUUCUACUAAUGACUCCUAGUAAAUAAAUAU